AUGGCUGCUGAAAAAUUUGAAAUCUUCAACUUGGAUAUGAAGACUGGGGAUACCCUGAAGGUCAAGGGCAAGAUAUCUGAUGAUGCUGAUGGCUUCAGCAUCAAUCUCGGCUGCAGGUCCUCAGAUCUGGCACUUCACUUCAAUCCUCGCUUCAAUGAGUCUGUCAUUGUCUGCAACUCCAGGUGCUCCAAUGCCUGGCAGACAGAGCAUCGUGAGGACCACCUCUGUUUCUCCAAGGGCUCCACUGUCAAGAUCACCAUUGAACUGCUGGCAGACAAAUUCCAGGUGAAACUACCAGAUGGGCAUGAAGUGGAGUUCCCCAACCGGCACUGCUAUGACAAGAUCAGCUACAUGAGUGUCAAGGGAGGCUUCAGGGUCACCUCCUUCAAGCUGGACUGA